CGUUGAACCCAACUUCCGCAAAUUCCACCACAUUGAAUUGAAUCUUUUGCCUCACUUUGCAAACGAGAUUUUUUCUUGAUAGAAUAAUGGCUGAAGUAACUGGCCUAGCCGUGAAGCGCACUUUAUUCGGUAGAUGGGCCUCUAACGCUCUGUUAAAAGGAGUGCAAAGAAGCUUUGGAACCCUGUCACAAGUUUCUCCAAGGACAGUACCUUUUUACAGAAAGCCAUGGAAAGUAUGUGUAGCUGUUUUGCUAGAACGAAAGCCCAUUAUAUCGAAACAACUGACUGACAUUGAGCAGCGAUUUGCAACUUAUCAAAAUGUUUUAGAAUUAGAACAGAGUGUCUUAUCUGAUCAUGAGCUGAGAAAACUUAGACUUACCAAGGGCUCAAAAGCAACAAAGAAGAAGAAAACAACAGAGGCUGAGGAACAAAAAAGACUUGAAUGUGAGCAGGAACUCAGAAGAAUUGAGGAUGAGGAGGAAGAAGUUACAGAAGAAGUUGAAAGUCUUCAACUUGGCAGCCAAAAAACUGAUGCUGAUAAGAAACACGAUAAAAGUUCUUUGUUACGUUGCUUGGAUAAGAGCCUGCAUCUUGUUGUAAGAGAUUCAGACAAAUGGCUUUUGCCUGAGACUGAGAUAAAGGAAGAUGAAAAUUUAAGACAAGCAGCUGAAAGGUUGAUAAGCUCUCAGAGUAGCUCAGAGGUUCCAGUUCUUGUUCUAAGCAAUGCACCAUCUGGUGUGUACACUGAGGAAAUCGAAUCUGAAAAAAGAGAAGAAAGUGAUAUCCAAGGCAGGAAGAUUUUUUACUACAAGGCAAUUCUUCAACCCAUGAGGAAUGUUUUUCCGGAAUUCGACAAACCUUCUAACUGGCUGACAAUCAAGGAAAUGCAAGAUCUGAUGCCAAGAGAACAUUUCAAACAAAUCAUUAAAUUCUCAUCAUGAUAAUUUGUAGCGCUAAGUUCAUGUUAACUUUUUUGUAAAUUUUGUUUAUCUGUCGAGCAUCAAUGUACGUGUACUGUUUGAAUCUGAUCAUGAAACUUCACGAUUAAGUCGCUCAA